AUGAAGUUCACCAACCUUGCUUUGGCCGCCAGCGCCGCAUCCGUGGCCUGUGCCCUCCCCCACGGUGGCCAGACCGUCCACACCAAGCAGAGUGCCGCCGUCAGCAAGCGUGCCAAUGGAUUCACCUGGGUCGGUGUCAGCGAGUCUGGUGCUGAGUUCGGUGAGGGUAACAUCCCUGGUACCGCCGGCACCGACUACGCCUGGCCCGCCACCUCCAGCAUCCAGACCUUGAGAAAGGCUGGCAUGAACAUCUUCCGUGUUCCCUUCUUGAUGGAGCGCCUGGUGCCAUCCAGCAUGACCGGUACCGCCGAUGCGACCUACAUGGCCGCCCUGAAGAAGACCGUUGCUACCAUUACCGAGGGCGGCGCCUACGCUGUCCUUGACCCCCACAACUACGGAAGAUACUCCGGAAGUGUCAUUUCCUCCACCGACGACUUCAAGACCUUCUGGAAGAACGUUGCCACUGAGUUCGCGGACAACGACAAGGUCAUCUUCGACACCAACAACGAGUACCACGACAUGGACCAGGAACUUGUCCUGAACCUCAACCAGGCCGCCAUCAACGGUAUCCGUGCCGCCGGCGCUACCACCCAGUACAUCUUCGUCGAGGGUAACUCCUGGAGCGGAGCCCACUCCUGGACCGACAACAACGACAACCUGAAGGGUCUCACUGACUCCGAGGACAAGAUCGUCUACGAGAUGCACCAGUACCUCGAUGGUGACAGCUCCGGUACCUCCGAGACCUGCUCCAGCGCCACCAUUGGCAAGGAGCGUCUCCAGGGUGCCACCGAGUGGCUGCAGACCAACAACCUGAAGGGUUUCAUCGGUGAAUUCGCCGGUGGUGUCAACAGCGUCUGCGAGGAGGCCGUUGAGAACAUGCUCUCUUACAUGUCCGACAACAGCGACGUCUGGAUGGGUGCCGAGUGGUGGUCUGCCGGUCCCAUGUGGGGAUCCUACAUGUACAGCCUUGAGCCCAACGAGGGCCCUGCCUACUCCACCUACCUCCCCAUCCUCGAGAAGUACUUCGUCGAUGGCUCCGCCUCCGCCUCUACCUCCUCCGCCACCAAGACCGCCCAGACCACCACUGCUGCCGCCGUCGAGAUCACCAGCACCCCCAACACCCAGGCUGAGGUUGCCGCUACCGAAACUCCCAGCUCCAGCUCCAGCUCCACCGCUGCCGCUGUCCAGUCUUCCGUCCCCGUCAUCCAGUCUUCCGCUCCCGCUCCUGCCGCUACCACCAUCACCUCCAUCCCCGUUGACGUCCCCACUCCCACCGGCGCCCCUACCUUCUUCUCCGGUGUCGCUGCUUCCACUGAGGUUCCUUCCAGCAGCGCCACCCCCAGCGCUACUCCCAGCGCCGCUGCCAACGGUUCCGUUAAGAAGUACUACCAGUGCGGUGGCCUCAACUACACCGGUGCCACUACCUGCGAGUCUGGCUCCACCUGCGUCAAGCAGAACCCCUACUACUUCCAGUGUGUUUAA